AUGGGAUUCAACGAACUCAUCACCGACAAGUCCAACCCCGUCGGGUAUGUCAACACUGGUCUGCGUGAGUUCGCGAUAGAUUCCAGGAGGCUCAUCCAGAAAUGCGAGAAGCCAGAUGCGAAGGAGUUCAAGAAGAUGGCAUCAGCGUGCUUCAUUGGCUUCUGCAUCAUGGGCUUCAUCGGAUACAGUAUUAAGCUAGUCUUCAUCCCCAUCAAUAACAUUAUCAUGGGUUCUUAA